UGUGCUUUUCUGGAGAAAGAUGUCUUCUGACUGCGUGUGCAGGCGUUGGCAGUAAAGGCCAGAGAUCAACAGCCUGAUUACUGCAUCACCAGCAUUAUUGUGAUUACCAUUUCCCUCUCACACACUCAUCCACGGAGAACAUUCCACAGCAGCAAAGCACCAGGCGGUAUGAACAUCCUGAGGAAACAACACUGGCUUCCUGUCAAAUGAAGCCAAGCUGACGGCUGCUCGGCGUGAUAACCGCUGCUGCUGCUGGCUGACCACUGACUGGCUGAGGUGUAGCACCACCUUCGAGUCCACUCCCACCCACCAGAUCUCACCCAAAUCCACAGUCAAGUACGGUCACAGUCCGUUACCUCCAGCGCGGGACCUCCUGAGUCGAGAUGGACCUCCUCCUACUGCUCACCUUCACACUGAUGACCACCUGCCUCCGUGUGGACAGAACAGUGGGUGCACAGACCUUAUUCAUACGAGACAUCAGCCUGUCCAUCGAGCCCAGUACUGAUGUAAGACGCAGCACCAACGUGACUAUGAGAUGUCAGGCGGGCGUCAGCACCUCAGGACAGCAGCCAUUCAGUCGCGAGUACACGAUAUACAAGGACAGCAUCGCGGUGUACACCAAGACCACCAGCAGUUCUGAGGAUUUUCUGUACCUUCUGCCUGAGGCCAGAGUCUCCAACACGGGUAAAUACAAGUGCCAGAUCAACAUCGAAGGGAAGCAGAUGUCCAGCGACGCAAAGAAACUCACAGUCACAGGGCUGUCAAAACCAGUGCUGUACCUUAACAAAAGUGGGGUCUCUGAAGGGGAGGAGGUAACCGCCAGGUGCUCUGCUCCUAGCGAGACAGGUUCCAUCAUCUUCUACUUCUACAUGGACUCCAAAGAGAUCCUGGAAGAGCGUGUCAAGUCCAAUCAGGCAGUGGUCAAGCUUCGCUUCACCAUGACGGGUUCCCACAAAAUACACUGUGACUAUACCGUCCUCAUAACGCCAGACUCUUUCAAGUCCGACAGCAGCAACAGCAUCAUGGUUUCUGUGAAAGAGAUUUCAAUCACACUGGUUUUGGAGGUUUUCCCUCAGUACAAGGUCUACGAAGGAGACCGAGUCGACAUCUCUUGCACCAUCCAAAGCGUACUGCACAGCUUGCAGAACUUCAACCUCUACCUGAGCCAGGGGGCGGAGCUUCUCAGCAGUGGAAACACCAAAGUCAACCACAGCAUGACUGCACUGACAAAGCAUUCUGGAGAGUUUGAAUGCAGAUUAGUCAUGGGAAAUGUCGUGAAAGUCACCACAAUGAACAUUUCAGUGACUGAGCUGUUUUCAGUACCCACACUCAUCGUGUCUCCUCCUGAAGUCUUUCAAUGGGAUCCAAUGACGAUCACAUGUAAAAGCGAAAGCUAUGCCUCCGAACGAAUCACCAGGGAUGAAGUAAUUUAUGCUCUCGAGCCGCGAGAAAGCCCAAUGACACCGACCAGGAUCCCUGGAGUAUAUUCUGGCAAGACCCUGCUGUAUGACUUCAACUAUACCUGCAUAGCUCAAGCCAAAGGGAUUGUGAAGCGCAGUAAAACCCACACUGUUCAUCCCAAAGUUUCUGUCUCCCAUCCAAAGAUAUCAGUAGUUGGCAGAGUGAUCCUGGGCCAGCCCUUCCAGAUCCUCUGUCAGGCGGAGAGGGGGAGCCUGCCUAUAAACUACACCCUGUUGAAGGAUUACAACAUGCUAAAUACAACCACUGUCAAGCUGCCACAUCAGCGAGCUAUCUUCACAGUCACCAUUCAGAAGGCUGAAGAAAUAUCCAAGUACAUGUGCGAGGCAAACAACAAACACCACAAGGAAGGCCUACUUGGUAAAAGACUCAAUGCUACUGUCAUAGUUCCUCUUUCCCACGCAACUCUGACCGUUACCCCGGUUCCAGAGGAUGUCACUGAGGGUCAACAUCUCUUCCUGAUCUGCAGUGUUAAAGGCACGCCUCCUAUCACAUUUAAAUGGUACCGUGUUGGCCACGCCCAGCCGCUGUUCACCAGCACCUCCAGUGGCAUCACCCUGGACUACCAGGUCCCCGUGUUGACAAGAGAGCACAGCGGCACCUACUACUGCGAGGCCAUCAACCCCGCCAUGAAGGUCGUCCGCAGCCAGUCAGUUACAGUCAACAUCCGCUUGGCGAUGUGGAAGAAAGGGCUGAUUAUCGCCUCCUGUCUGCUGGUGGUGGCAGUGGUGGUGCUGUUGUGCUUGCUGCGCUUCAAAGCCAAGAGAGGUAAAAGAGAAGCAGCGGCUGAAUUGUCAGUAAAACCUUCAAGCCCUAAAUCAGAUGGCUCUUUAGUGAAUCUAACCUACGACACAGAGGUUUAUAACGAGGCCACAGACGCAGCGCCACAAUAUGAUGGCACAGAGGGGAGAGUGACCAACGGGACGCGAGAUAGUGUGGCCUCACUUCCUGCUGACAACAGCAUCAGGAGCAGCUACAGUAUCCCGGCUACAGUAUAGAGACGCCCCUCAAUGACCGGGCUGUGAUUUCUGCGAACAGUCAAAAACUGUUUCCAAGAAAUUUAGAAAAGCAAUUUUGAGCACCAAAAAAAGGGAAAUGGGAACAGAGACACUUUUUGAUGUUAUUCUCUCUGCAGAGGCACAUUCUUGUUAAACUGGAGGGGGUGUGUUUCAACCAAAUACUGUGUGAACUAGGACCCGCUGCUCCCUCUCCCCUCCUCCUGCAACCUUUUUUUUUUUGUAACUAGUAAGAUGCAUGGUAUCAUGGGCAGACCGUAAGUGUGUUGCAACGUAUGCGAUGCAACAGCAAAGCAGGAUUUGAGUAUAUAGAGUUUAAAGGGGUCGUAUUAUCCAAUGUCUCAGAAAACUUUACAACCAAGAGUGGUUCUCAAUCCUGAUCCUGAGGAACCCCUGUGCUACACAUUUUCACCUCCCCCUGCUUCACCCGUGGCAGCUUAGCUUAAUCAGGUGUUUUCCACUAAUCGACAUCUAAUAGAGGCCAGAUUUAGCUCAUUAGCUGUGUGAAGACAGAAAUUUAAAAUGUGCAGGGCACUCCAAAAAAUGUAAUCUUUGGGUGCAUAAUUCUUUAAAUGGAAAGGAAGUACAGCUUGCCAUGCCCACUAUUCAGGUCAUGUGUCCAUCUGUCCCGCAAACUGUGCACAGUGGACGUGCCUCACACAGCUAGCAGGAAUCCAGAUAAUGGGCUUAUGUCGUGACAUAUGUAACAAAGGUUUAGAAGGAGUUGAUUCAGGCAUAAAUUUGUUUAUAACCUGCUACUUUGUACAUACAAACGCACAGCAUUGUGGGACUUUGAAGAUGUUGAACAUUAAAUCCCAAUUUCAUAUAUUUGCUAGUGGUAGCUAUAAACUGUUUUUGCACAGUAUGACCUCUUUAACGUAAUAGAUUUUAUUCACUGUUAAUGUUAAUUAUUAAGUACUGAAGAUAAAGUUAAAAAAAAUCCCCAGUUUCAUACAUAAUUAUGUGACUAAAUGACAGUUGUGCAGAUGUACACUGAAUGUAGAUUUUCUGUCAAAUUUGGUUUAGUUGCUCUGUGUUGAUUGUUUUUCUUCCUCUGAAAAGUAGGACAACAAUUAGGUCACAGCUAUGUUUUCUGCGUUUGCAUGAUUGCAUGUCAUGUUUAUGGAGGCCAAGAGAGGCCACAACACUUCCAAAUUAAGACCGCACGAGCCAGUGUAUGUGCAGCAAGUGCACUGUGGAUCUUUGCAGUGUGUUUAUGCUUUUGCGCGUGUUGUGUGAAUUUGCAGCAGGCAGAUUAAACUGUUGCAUGUGCACCAGGUUAUAUUUGUUUGUGUUCUGCUGUUUGCAAACAUUCUCGCCAUUUGCAAGUCAUUUUUUGAUGCAUUUUUUAAAAAUGUGUAAACAUUUGCUCGUGAUGCGUUAGCUUGUUCGCAUUUGCUAACAGUCUUAAUUUGGAAGUGUAGCCACUCACGGCCACCGUACCCCUUUGUCUGAUGUGUGCGUUUAUAUAUGAGUUUGUUUGAUUUGUACAUACAUUUUAUUACUCAUCACAGGAAAUGUGUGUAUAUAUUUGUGGUUGAUCUUUUUCUGAUAAAAUAUAGAAUGUAGAAUAAAGACACUAGUUUUCUUUA